UUCGUUUUUGUGGGUAGUCCGGGAACAGGCAAGAGCUCUAUCGUGGCCCUGAUUUGUUUCUACGUUGCAAUUAAAGAGAAGGUGUCGGUUGUGUGGCAUCGCUAUCAUGAAACUGGGGAUGAAGUUCUUGUGACGUGUCUGUUUGACCAAGGCAAAUACUACGAGUGGUUCGACAGGUAUGGCGUUAUCUAUGAAUCGUUCUGCUACCCUGGCAUCGGGAUCGGUUAUGAGCGUUGCUGGUUUUGCAUCGACGGCACGGAUCAGGGUGGUAUUGCACGAAGACGCUGGACUAACACUUUUACGCUGCUGGCAACUUCUAGGAAGUUUGUGACGAAGGGCGAAGGUGGCGGUAAGCAGGAGGUCCGCACUGGAGGCGAGACGACUUAA